UCGUAUUUUUAUUAAAAAUAUGUACUGCACAACAUGGUUAUAUUUAAAGUUAACGGCUGUGGUCCCCGGAGAAACGCUAGAAAUACUUCGAAGCAUUACACUAACCAAUCAGAAUAAUGCGUAAUCGGCAGAGCCGCGGUGAAGUUAAUUUAUCAACUCACGAUAAUAAAAUUGCAGUUUUCCGAAUUGGAAUAUACGAAAGUUAGGUGAAACAAGUCGGAAAGUCAAAGUGAGGGUGCCAAGUUUUCGGAAUUUUCGGAGAUAAUAUAUUCGCGGUUUUUAAAUACGAAACGUAUAUAGAAAUUCGAAAACGUAAUAUAUACUAAGAAAUGAGAAACCAAUAAGAGGAUUACUAAUAAACUUAAUUUGAUUUAUCAAUAGUAUUUACAAUCAUAAAAAAUUGAUACUAGAAUGAUAACGAAGAAAAUCUGCAUUUAAACUUUUCCUGGAAAUGAGAAAUCCAUCUCCUUAAAAUUAUCAAUGCUAUACUUUGUCGAAUGGAGAUUUACAGAGAACAAAGAAGGAGAUAACAGUUAUUGUUGCAGAAAGUUACAUACAAUGUAUAACCAUCUUAGGAGAUGUCUGAUUGUCUCGUCAAAGAUUCAUAAGAAAUUCUUGACACAAAAAUCAAACCAAGGAAAUAUUUUAUUACCCAUGAUCGAUUGCUAUGCAAACUUUCAUAUUUGGAAUGACACUAGUAAAAUAUACAAACGGUUUUAUUGCCAAAUUGCUAUCGAUCAGAAGACUGAUGAGACAGAUGCAAUGAAAAAUGAUGCACAACAGCAGUUUGAUGAGUUUGUCUUUAGUCCUGAGAACAAGAAACGCUAUCAAAUAUUAAAGUUAGAAGUAGAUGUAAUGCGACACAAUUCUGAGAAAGUCCCUGAAGAGCUUAAUCCAAAUGAUUGGUUGACAUUGUUAAAACUGCCAAGCAAGAGGCAAAGAAAAAAACAUCUUUACUAUUUAUGGCGCAAUGAAAAACAUAAAAAUAAUUUAAAAAUGAAAAAAGAAUUGAAAAGGACUCAAUGGCUUGCUAAAAAGGCAGAAGCAGAAGCUAAACAAACAGAAGAUACUGGUGAAAUAAAAUAUGGAUUUAUGUAUAAUACCAUGUUUCAACGUAUAAAUCUAACAACUAUGAAUUAUUAUUAUAAUGCUAAAUUAAUUCAAGCUAUCAUGUUUGCACCAAAAGUUGUGUUUGAUUGUGGUUAUGAAAAUUAUAUGAACUUUAUUGAAUUACAAAAUUGUGCUAAGCAGCUGACUCUGUCUUUUGCCAACAAUCGUGCUCAUAAUGAUCCUAUGUGUCUUUAUUAUUGUAAUUUGAACAAAGAUGGGUCACUUAUGAAAUGUUUUCAUCGCAAUAUUCCUACUUUAUUGAAUGACGAUUUUCCAGCAAUUGUGACAUCACAAUCUUAUUUAGAUUUAUUUCCGAGAGAUCAAUUAUUGUAUCUUACUCCACACUGUAAAAAUGAUAUAACUGAAUAUGAUCCUGAUACAGUAUAUAUCAUAGGUGCAAUAGUGGACAAGAGCAAUAAGGAACCUUUAUCUUUAGCAAAAGCUAAAAAGGAUGGUAUCCGCAUGGGCAAAUUACCAAUAGAAAAAUAUCUUGAAUUGGGUCCUGCAUCUGAGAAAUUUACUAUUGAUCAAAUGCUAAAUAUAUUAUUGGAUUUAAAAUACACAGGAGAUUGGAAAAAAGCAUUACAGCACAUACCAAAUCGAAAAUUAAAAGAUUUCAGAAAGUAUAAGCUGCAUAAUACAUUGAGAUAUUUGCAUUUGAAAAAAAUAAUUCGAGAAUCGUAAUUGAAGAAUAUUUUACAUUCAACAGCAGAAAACCGAUUAGAAAUAAUAAUACAUCAUAAAAGAAAUUCCAUCCUUGGAGAAAAUGAGUCUUCUAGCCUAGAAGAAAUUCUGAUGCUUUCUUCGUACGCGAAUCCCAAAUUACUUGCGUCUUCAGGGUCAGUCAUGCGCGACCGUCGAAUAUUCGUGUGAAUGAAUCGUACUGCAUGACGUCAUUGGUAGCUAACGUAGCUACCCAGCCGGUUGUAACACUCGUUCGUGACAGAGGGGUGGCGAUCCAUGAGGUGGCGCGUGCGCCCUGCUGUUACAAUGCAUCCGAAAAACACGGAUGCCAGCCACGGGGCAGGCAAGCAAGCAGCCAAGGAGGCAGGCUCCGUCGUCGUUUUUUUUUUUUUCGUCACUGUCCGUGUUCCAGUGCGAGGGAGCAGUAACAAGAGAAAGACAACGGUGAUAAGAAGUUAUGAAGAUAACAAUCAGAAAAUAUCAUCCCCAAGUUUGAGGAAAUCCCGUCAUUCGUGUGGAAUCUCCUCCCUCCUCUGCGGAUAAGCGGAUCAUCGCCGCAUUUAAGGCAUCCAUUUAGGCACUGUGAUUCAUCCCGUGUGUUUCUCAGAGGAAUUCUUCUGGCAUCUCUUUUUCUUUUUCUCUCAAUAGCAAGGAAAAAGAGAGAGAGAAAAAGCGUCUGCGCUCCGAUCUGUUCCGUGUAUUUCGUUCCGAUUGAUCGAUAGUACCUGUACUCGGAUAAUUGGGUCGCGCGCGAGUAAUCGCGACCUGAAUAACAGAGUUACGCUUCCGCCUGCGAAGAGAAGAAAGUGUCGGAGGUGGAGGUGGAUUUUCGUCGAGAGAGAAGCCCCAAGUGCAAUCCGUGUACGGAUUUGUUUUUAUAUUUGAGUCGCCCUCACAUAUAUGAUGAAAUUACAGCUACUCGUUAUCGAGACGGACUAUUGCUGGAGGAAAGCAUUGCUUAGUUACAUUACGCAUUAUCCGAUCAUCGUACGAAGAAUGGAUCAUAUAUUAUGGCCGCGUUAGUACUUCGAAGCGAUUAAGCAGUGGCAUUAAGCAGCAUCGAUAAUGUACUUCAUUUGCUUUGAAUAAAGCAAUAUUUUCAUG